UAUGUGUGUGUGUGUCUGUCAUUUGAAUGCUCACCUUACUCGCUCACACACACACGUUAGGAGAAUCUCUGUUCUCUGACACUCACAUCUCGGCUGGAUCGCGGAGCCGCGUCUUUACCCGGAGUACAGCGCUGUGGCGGACACACACACACACACACACACACACACACACACACACACACACACAGACACAGAGAGACCCUCGAGAGAGGCUCGCAGAGACGGAAAGCCGGACUCGGAGGGACCCCGAGCCACAGGAUGACAGAGGUGAUGAAUACCUGUGAGCCCCCCAUGGAAGACUUCAGUGCUGCCGGUGGUCCUGAAGAGCAGGCCAUCACCUUCCAGAUCUUCCCCGACUCCCAUGACCGGUACCCCAAGUUGUCAAAACGGCUGCCUUCCAUCGUGGUGGAGCCCACAGAAAGCGGGGAGGUGGAGAGUGGGGAGCUCCGCUGGCCUCCGGAUGAUAUGACCCCUGUCGAGGGAGCUGGGGAGACUGCAGCCACCUGCUGUGACCAGACCAAGCCACCUGCACACUGUCAGACAGCAGAGGAGCUGGAUGUUGCUGGUGAAGACAGCCUGGAGAUGAGCGGGGUCAUGGGUGGAGACUCCAACUGAAGCCACUUCACCCUCAUGACCUCAGCUUUCACUGUGAAUGUCUCCAGACAAACACGAGCACAGAGAACAGGGGUGGAGGGUGUGGGGGGUUGGGGUUCAGGAAGGGGCUAACCCACCUUUCCACAUAUUACCUGGUUCCCUACUGGCAGACCGCAGUUUGGACACACCAGAGUAAAAUGGUCUCUGAUAGCUCACUCGUGCCAAAUUCUGGUGGUAGCUACACUUCUUUGUAGAGCCAUUUUUUGGUUACAUACCCACCUGGACCUAUGUAAAACCACAGAACUUAUCAGAUCUCUUUUGUUUGUGUUUUGUCUUUGGUUGAUUUUUUUUUUUUUGGUAAUUUGUAGGAACACAGACAGAAAGUGUGCGUGCAUUUGUAUGAUGUAGUGUACGCUAAGAUUUUGACAUAUCUGCCUUUAAUCCCAGUCUGGAAGUCCUCUAUCAAAAAGUACAAACAGCGGAGUGGAAUACAUUUCUGCGUGUGUGUGUGUGUGUGUGUGUGUGUGUGUGUGUGUGUGUGUGUGUUUAUUACCUUGCUUAUUGUUGUACAUUUGGUUGUGGCUGUCAAUGUCUGUUUACUUCUGGGGUGGAAUAAACACUGCCACUUUGCAUAGAUUGUACCUUUUAAUGAGCAGUAUUUCUGUACGUGUUUUUCUGCUGUCAAUUUAGCAUUCCAAAUUUCAGAGGCUAUAAGUUUCUGCAUAACUAGAUAGAGAUCCUGAGAAACCUUGUGGUUCCCUUUACUACAGCACAGGAUUUCUCCUUUGACCUGAAAGUUUCUGUCUGAUUUUCAGUCCCCGGGUGCUUCCCUAAAACUAAGUGGUCAUCAGAGCAUCAUCACACCAAGUAGGUACUGGGAGCAGUCAGUACUGUAGUCAACAGACUCCCUUUAAAAACAAGAAGGGAAGCAUCUAAAAGACAACUUUAUUAUUAUUAUUAUUAUUAUUAUUAUUAUUAUUAUAGCAGAUUAAAAUGUGCUGUCCAGUUUUUUAAAUUAAUUUAGUGACUCUGUGCAUCUGUGAUUUUUGUUUUUUGUAAUAAUGCCUACCCAGUCAGUGUGUCACUGAGUCUUUGUGCCUCUCUGCACAUGACUCAUAAGUCCUUACUCCAAGCCAUCCUGCUCCCAAGCCUUACUGGCCAGAGUUUCCCCUCAUUAGUAGUCCUCCGUGAUGUUGAACCUCGUGCCAGUUAGCGAUAGCUUAGCUUUGGGAGGACAGAAACAUACACCAAUAAUUAUUAUAGCCACUUGAUCUAUUAAAUAAUAAAUUGUUCUCUUUGUAUUAUAAGAAAAACAGAUUAAAUGUGCAUAAUGUAAUAAUUCAACUUAGAGGUCUAUUUUAUGUAGACAUUGAUUUUGUUCAGUCACUGAAAUUAUAUUUCCAGAUAUUUUUAUUUAGAGCUAAAUAUAGAAGUUGUAGACAAGUAGAAGUUGUACAAAGGAUCAUAUUUCUGUAUAUGUUGCG